UCAUUAUCACAAUUGGCGAUCUAUUUUGUCAUUUUUUAUCAAGUGGUAAGCGCACAUUUUUAUUAAAAAUGUAGAUAUAUCCCCAUAUAAAUAACUAUCCCCAACCAUUUCUUCUCAAAUGCAAGAUGAAGCCAAUUGUGUUGCUGCUCAUUUGUGCAAGUGCUUUCGCACUUGCAGACAACCCUGACUACCACUUCCCCGAUGACUUCGUUUUUGGCGCUGCGACUGCCGCCUACCAAGUCGAAGGUGCAUGGAACGAAGACGGGAAAGGUGAGAACAUCUGGGACAGAGGUAUCCACGAGCACCAAGACUGGGUGGCUGACAAGUCCAAUGGAGACAUCGCCUGUGACUCGUACCACAAGUACAAGGAAGACGUUCAACUCUUGAAAAAUCUGGGAGUUAACUUUUACCGCUUUUCCGUAUCUUGGUCUAGAAUUCUUCCAACGGGGAAAACAGAUCAGAUUAAUCAAGCAGGGAUUGACUAUUACAAUAACUUGAUAAAUGAGUUGUUGGCUAAUGGGAUCGAGCCUUACGUUACGAUGUUCCAUUGGGAUUUACCACAGCCGCUGCAAGAUGAGGGCGGGUGGCCGGAGAGAAAAACGGCCGAUUAUUUUGUCGAUUAUGCGAAAGUUUUGUUUGAGAAUUUUGGGGAUAGGGUUAAACAUUGGAUGACUUUUAAUGAGAUUAUGCAGAUUUGUGAAGCUGGGUAUUCUGGGGGUAGUUUUGCUCCUUUUAUCAAAAAUCCAGGAAUUGGGGGCUACGAGUGUACCCAUACGGUACUUCUAGCCCAUGGGAGAACCUACCGGUUGUACGACAGUGACUUCAGGGGACAACAGCAAGGUCAGAUCGGGAUUGCGGUCGAUUCCUAUUGGCACGAACCCAAUUAUCCUGACCGGGAGACUGACCAACAAGCUUCAGAAAUCGAUAUGGAGAUGAAUUAUGGAUGGUUCGUCAAUCCCUUCGUCAAUGGCAAUUACCCGGACGUUAUGAUCGAACGAGUGAAAAAGACCAGCAUUGCUGAAGGAUAUAACAAGUCCCGCCUGCCAGAGUUUACCCCAGAAGAGCAAGAAAUGAUGAAGGGAACAUACGAUUUCAUUGGUUUGAACCACUACUCUUCUGAUAAAGUUUACCUAGCUGAUGACGGUGCUGGGGACCAUCCGUCCCAUUGGGCAGACACCGGUGUCAUAGGGUACCAAGACGCCUCAUGGCCAGGGUCAGCCUCCGACUGGCUUAAAGUCGUUCCUUGGGGCAUUAAUAAACUACUAGUGUGGAUUAAAAACCACUACAACAACCCACCAAUUCUCGUCACGGAGAACGGAUUUUCCGAUUAUGGUCAACUCGAUGACUAUGACAGAGCUAACUACUACAAAGAUUAUCUCUAUGAGAUACUAAAAGCUAUCCACGAGGAAAAUUGUAACGUUAUUGGAUACACCGCCUGGAGUUUGAUGGACAAUUUCGAAUGGAUGGCUGGAUAUACACAAAGAUUCGGCUUGCAUUAUGUCGAUUUUGAGGAUCCAGAGAGGCCGAGAACGAGGAAGUUAUCUUCGUAUGUUUAUAAUAAUAUUGUGACAACGAGGCAUAUUGAUUGGGAUUAUUACCCCGACUGGCCACCAACUCAAGAUAAGACACAAUAAAUUAAUGUCCAACCAUCA